AAGGAAUCGAAUUAAAUGAACUUCCUUUAAAACAAAUUGCUGAACUUAAUAAUGUCAUUUCCAUGAUAAGUUCUGGAAGAUGGAGAAGGGAAGAAAAGGAACUUUCUAGAACAAGAGUGACAGUGCAUUGAAUUGGCGGAAAAAGCAAAAAAAGAGAAUCUGUUUUCCGACAAAAGCUUAUUUUAGCGGAAGAAGAACACUUUAACUUUUUACAAGAACAGAACUUUUUGUUCGGUACAGAACUCGAGAUCUCCCAGAGGCCAGCACGUUACUCUUCAAUAGUUUCAUGAAAAGCCGUUUUCUUCAAAAUAUAAAGCUAUUGUUGAAGUAAGGAACAGAAAAUGAACAACUUGGCAUCAGAAGCAGCAUCACAACCACCAGUCCAAUUACCCGACCUGAUACUAGCUUUAGAGCAAGCAACUCUCAUGGCUAAACAGCUUCCAGUACCCACCGACCCAAACCACCUUCUCCGAAUCUACUCUUCUCUCCAUCAAGCUCAUCAUCAUCUUUCCUCUUUCAUUUCACAUACCCAAUUCCUGCCUCCACCACCGCCCUCCGCCGCUGAGAACUCUCUUUCCUCCGCUACUGGAGCUGGAAUCGCCGGUGCUGGUGAAUAUGGGGAUGAGCCGAUGCAAGUCGGUGAUGAUGAUUAUGAAGCUGGGGCCGAAGAGAAUUCAAAGGCAACAAUUGAUAAGGUAGAGGAGAAGAUGAGGGUUUGCUUUAUCAAAAAUAAGAGGGCCAAGAGGCCGCUUUCACCGUCGUCUGUGGCGGAGGAUAAGAGGUUAGUUGAUGACGAGGGCACUGCCAGAGGAAUUAUGGGUUUUGAUCCUCAUGAGACUAGGUCGAGGGCUUUGGAUCUUAUCUACCAAUUUCAUGGCUGAUAAUCAAUUAGGUAUAGGACGAAUAGAGCAGAAACACAGGCGAGUAUUGGUGCUGUUUAUUGCAUUGCAUGAUAAUGGCGCGCCAAUUAGUAAAAAGUUGGUGACUUCGCAACAUUUUGAGCUCUUCAUUCUUUUUCUUUCUUGUCUUCCACUUUUAGAUGCUGAAUUUCUUUUCUUUCCAGUUUCUCAUUUUUCUGCAAUUUUUCGAAUGCUAAAUUAAAAUAUAUGGGAGCGGCCGAAAUUGGCAUAUGCAUCCCAUUUACAUA